AUGAAUUCCACUCAGUUUUGUUACGAAUAUGCUGUUGGAUCUUGCAUCAAGCCAUCAAGAUCGACAGUUUCAAGAAUGGUCCUCUACAGUAGUUGUGUCUUACUAAUGCUCGUUACAAUUAUGGGAAACCUCGCAGUAGUGAUGACAGUCUCACAUUUCAAAGUACUGCAUUCUCCAACCAAUUUUCUGUCUUUGUCUUUAGCUGUUGCUGAUUUUUUUAUAGGAAUGAUUGUACUGCCUUUUAGCUCUAUUAAGUCUGUGGAUGGUUGCUGGUACUUUGGUAAAAUAUUUUGUACAGUUCACUCUGGGUUUGAUAUGUGUUUAUGCUUGACCUCAAUUUUUCACUUAAGCUGCAUUUCAGUUGAUCGAUAUUAUGCCAUAUGUGAUCCAUUACUUUACCCAACAAAAUUUACAGUUCCUGUUGCAGUUUGCUUCAUUACGGUAUGCUGGAUUCUUGCUGUUGUUUACUCUUAUGGACUUCUUUUUUCAAGUACCAUUGAAGACAAAAUGGAGAAACUGGUUCAAGAACUGCCAUGUUUUGGUAGCUGUCAACCUGCAUUUAUGAGGUUAUGGGGAUGGCUAAAUUUCUCCAUAUUUUUUAUUCCAUGUGUUCUUAUGCUAGGACUAUAUUUGAGAAUUUUUUUGGUUGCAAUGAAACAAUCUAAAAUGAUAAAUGUCAUGUCAGCCAAUAGCCAGUGUCUUAAGAAUAGUGGGUCAGCUAAAAGAGAACAAAAAGCAGCAAAAACAUUAGGCAUAGCUGUUGGUGUCUAUUUAUUAUGUUGGCUACCAUUCAUAAUACACACCACACUGGAUACUUAUUUUAAUUUUAUUACACCACCACUCUUAGCAGAUGUCUUUAACUGGCUGACAUAUAUCAAUUCUGCAUGCAAUCCUAUAAUUUAUGGAUUUUUUUAUCCUUGGUUUAGAAAGGCAUUAAAACUUAUUGUUACAGGGGAGAUAUUUUGUCAAGGCUCUUCAACAAUAAACCUAUAUCAAAAGAAAUAA